AAAACAUUAAAGAAAAACCAAAAAAAAAAUAAAAGGGUGGAGAAGGAUAUUGCCUUUCACAUUUCCAAUGAAAUUUUUGUUCUCUUGAUUGACCCUUCAUCUUUCAUUUCUCUCCCUUUUCUCUGAAAAUCCCUUUUCAAUUUUUUCCCCCUUUUUCUGGGGGUUUUUGCGAACCCUACGGAGCUAAAUAGGCGGAAAUUGUAAAGAAUGGCGACGACCACCACCAGUAUAGGCGGCGGCGGCGGCGGCGGUGGCGGUGGCGGUGGGGAGGAUAGAGUUUUGGCUACCGCUCAGCAGAUAGUCAAGAGCCUCAACACCCCCAAGGAGGUUCGAGACGACAUGCUUUUGAUCUUCUCUAGUUUCGACAAUCGUCUCUCUAGUAUCACCAGUUUGGUCGACGGUGGGGAAUCUAAGAGGGAGGGAGAUCGAUUUGAAGCUGCUGAGAAGGUGAUUCUUCGUUGGGAUUCCGGUACUGGAGCUUCUAGAAACUCUCUCUAUUGGGAUGACUCACCGGAUGAGGCGGCUGAGUACUUGUCUGCGGUCGAUGAUAUCAUUCAAUGGAUGGACGACAUGUCAAUUCGUUCUGAUUCUGCUGAAAUCGCGGAGCGUGCUGAGAACGCGAUCCAGAUCGCUAUGUCGAGGCUUGAGGAUGAGUUCCGUCAUAUGUUGAUUCGAAGCACGGUCCCUCUUGAUGCCGAGCACCUCUACGGUUCAAUUCGUAAGGCAUCCCUCUCUUUCGCUUCUCACGACUGCGAAAAUUCCGAUGAAUUCGAGUCGUUUGCCGAUGUUGACCGUGGUUCCGGAAUUUUCCAUGAGCGCGGUGUGAGUUUGGGCGACGAUUUGCGGGUCGAUUUGAUCCAUCCUGACGCUGUCGUCGAUUUGAAAGAGAUCGCAGAUCGGAUGAUUCGUUCUGGAUAUGAAAAAGAGUGUGUUAAUGUGUAUACUGGUGUCCGACGCGAUGCUUUAGAUGAGUGCUUGGUGGUUCUUGGAGUUGAGAAGCUAAGUAUUGAGGAUGUCCAGAAAAUUGAAUGGAGAAAUUUGGACGAGAAGAUGAAGAAAUGGAUCCAAGCUGUUAAGGUCACUGUUCGAGUACUUUUGACGGGCGAGAAACGGCUGUGUGACUAUAUCUUUAGUGGGUCUGAUGACUCUGAGGAAGCUUGCUUCAAUGAGACUGCAAAAGGGUCCAUCAGGCAAUUACUGAAUUUUGGAGAGGCCAUUGCUAUAGGGGAAAGGUCAGUGGAGAAGCUAUUUCGUAUUCUAGAUAUGUAUGAAGCUCUGGCAUAUGUUUUACCGGACUUGCAGGCUAUGGUCACUGAAGAAUUUGUGAUUGAGGAGGCGCAAGGAGUGCUUUCUCGACUGGGAGAGGCCGCUAGAGGUACAUUUGCCGAAUUUGAGAAUGCUGUUCGGAGCGAGACUUCUAAGAAAACAAUGUUGAACGCUGAGAUCCACCCGCUCACUCGAUAUGUCAUGAAUUACUUGAGAUUGCUUGUCGUUUAUAGUAAGACUCUGGAUGCACUUUUAGAAAACGAGGAUGACGAUCUGCAUCAUCUAGGGGAUGAUGGUGCUGACAAUUUGGAGUUAGAAACUAUGUCUCCUUUAGCUCGGCGACUGUUUUCAUUGAUAUCAUCAUUGGAGUCCAAUCUAGAGAGAAAAUCCAAACUUUAUGGCGAUGAUUCGAUACAAUAUAUAUUUCUCAUGAAUAAUAUACAAUACAUUGUGCAGAAAGCGAAAGAUUCUGAGCUUGGAAAGCUCUUGGGUGACCGCUGGGUUCGCAAGCGCCGGGGCCAGGUUCGCAUAUAUGCAACAAACUAUCUCAGGGCCUCUUGGGGCAAACUUUUAUCUUUCUUGAAGGAUGAAGGUACUGGUGGGAGCUCCAAUAGUGCCCUGAAACUAGCUACUUUAAAGGAAAAAUUCAAAAAUUUCAAUGCUGGCUUUGAGGAAAUCUAUAGAAUUCAGACAGCUUGGAAGGUGGCUGAUCCUCAACUACGGGAAGAGCUCCGAAUUUCAGUAUCGGCAAAGGCGUUACCUGCCUAUCGUGCCUUCUUGGGAAGGCAUGAAAGUCAGUUAGAGAGUACAAGACAUGGCGGGAGGUAUUUAAAGUACUCAUCUGAUGACUUGGAGAACUAUUUAUUGGAUUUGUUUGAAGGAUCACCAUGUGUUAUACACCACUUACGAAGAAAAAGUAGUUCAUAGAGACAUACUGGACCGACUCUGUUGACAGGUAUGACCCAUUGAAGAGGUUGACCUGUUGAAUGUAAUUUACUCAUAUUUUCUGUUCUUCAUGGUGUUAAUACAAUGGGGUCAUCAGAAAGACUCAUGUACAUGUUUGAUAGGGCUAUAAUUUAUGUAUUUCUGGAUUGUCAUGGUUUGUGAUCUUAUUACCUGGAAUCUUUUAUAACGUCAAAUACAUUUUUGGAUUUUACCUUAUGUACAUAAAACUGCUACUCGAUAAUCAUCAUUCGCUUUA